CGCUUGGGAGCGAGAAGCCGCCAGCGCCCCCGCCCCGCCGCCGCCGCCGCAGCGCCUCGGCCGCCAUUCGGCACCGAAACUUUCCAGCUCCCGCGCCUCUCGGGACUCAGCGGCGGCGGGGCGGGGGCGGCCCGGAGGCGGCACGCGGCUGCUCCGGGGCGCCGGGCCCUUCUCGGCUGCGGCUCGGCCACGGCCAGCCGGAGGGAGGCUCGGGCACGGCGGCGCCCCACAAGUUGCCCUGCCUGCGGCGAGGUAGCGGAAGACGGAAGAGCGGCGUGAACACGGCCCCUGGGAGGAAGAGGGGAUCGGCCCCCGCGUGGCUCUGACAGGUAGGCGUUUUGUGGGUACACGCUCGCAUGCUGGGGAGCCCGCUGGUCCGAGUGUCCACAGAUGACGUCCCCGUGAAGAGGGUGCCUCCUGCUUCGUGAAGACCUCGUCGCCGCCGCGAGGUGAGGCUAAGAUGAGCAUAACGAGUGACGAGGUGAACUUUCUGGUGUAUCGGUACCUCCAGGAGUCAGGUUUUUCCCACUCGGCGUUCACGUUCGGUAUCGAGAGCCACAUCAGCCAGUCCAACAUCAACGGAACGCUCGUGCCGCCCGCCGCCCUCAUCUCCAUCCUGCAGAAGGGGCUGCAGUAUGUGGAGGCCGAGAUCAGCAUCAACGAGGAUGGCACCGUCUUUGACGGCCGUCCCAUAGAGUCCCUGUCCCUGAUCGAUGCGGUGAUGCCUGACGUGGUACAGACGCGGCAGCAGGCUUUCCGGGAGAAGCUCGCUCAGCAGCAGGCCAGUGCGGCGGCAGCAGCAGCGGCAGCAGCGGCCACCGCAGCCACAGCAGCCACAGCGACCCCAGCAAGUGUUUCCCAGUCCAACCCACCAAAGAACGGAGAGGCCACGGUGAACGGGGAAGAGAACGGAGCGCACGCAAUAAAUAAUCACUCGAAACCCAUGGAAAUAGACGGGGACGUCGAGAUCCCACCCAGCAAAGCCACGGUGCUCCGGGGCCACGAGUCCGAGGUAUUCAUCUGUGCCUGGAACCCCGUCAGCGACCUGCUCGCCUCCGGGUCCGGGGACUCCACGGCUCGCAUAUGGAACCUGAACGAGAACAGCAACGGGGCGUCCACGCAGCUGGUGCUGCGGCACUGCAUCCGGGAAGGCGGUCACGACGUCCCCAGCAACAAAGACGUGACCUCGCUGGACUGGAACAGCGAGGGGACACUGUUGGCUACGGGUUCCUACGACGGCUUCGCAAGGAUAUGGACGGAAGAUGGAAACCUGGCCAGCACCCUGGGGCAACACAAAGGGCCCAUCUUUGCCUUGAAGUGGAACAAGAAGGGGAAUUACAUUCUCAGUGCCGGGGUGGACAAAACCACGAUCAUCUGGGACGCCCACACGGGGGAGGCCAAGCAGCAGUUCCCGUUCCAUUCCGCCCCCGCUCUGGACGUGGACUGGCAGAACAACACCACCUUCGCCUCCUGCAGCACCGACAUGUGCAUCCACGUCUGCCGGCUCAGCUGCGACCGCCCGGUGAAGACCUUCCAAGGACACACGAACGAGGUCAACGCGAUCAAGUGGGACCCUUCCGGGAUGCUGCUGGCGUCCUGCUCGGAUGACAUGACGCUGAAGAUCUGGAGCAUGAAGCAGGAUGCGUGCGUCCACGACCUCCAGGCGCACAGCAAAGAGAUCUACACCAUAAAGUGGAGCCCCACCGGGCCGGCCACCAGCAACCCCAACUCCAGCAUCAUGCUUGCCAGCGCCUCCUUCGACUCCACGGUGCGGCUGUGGGACGUGGAGCGCGGCGUGUGCGUGCACACGCUCACCAAGCACCAGGAGCCCGUCUACAGCGUCGCCUUCAGCCCCGACGGCAAGUACCUGGCCAGCGGCUCCUUCGACAAGUGCGUGCACAUCUGGAACACACAGAGUGGGAGCCUGGUGCACAGCUACCGCGGCACGGGCGGCAUCUUCGAGGUGUGCUGGAACGCCCGCGGGGACAAAGUGGGCGCCAGUGCGUCCGACGGCUCUGUGUGCGUCUUAGACCUGCGAAAGUAGACACGCAGCCUGGCGGAGAGCAGGAGAGAAUCCAAUGGACCAGCAGUCGGCCUGGGGGGUCGCGGCGCCUUCAGACUCCGUCCUGACAGCCUCAGAACCGCGUGGCCCAGACGCGUGGGCGUGGACUUUGACAUCGGCUCAUCCCCGGCCACGGAGCCUCUGUUUUCCCGUAGUCCUCGUCGAGACGUUGGAAACACACACACAACACAACACACGCACAGUCCUGUCCGAGGGGCAGCGCGGGGUCCGCUGGGGCCGGCAGCCACCAGCCGGAGGGGGCGCAAUCUGGAUCCCACCCAGACGGGCUGAUGGCUGAGACGGGAGCGGGGGUGCAAAGCUGUGCCAAAAAAGUAGAAGGAAAAAAAUGCUGUGAUAAAGACCGAAGGGGGCGCGGGGUAACCCAACACCCUGCAAGGGGGUGGAGAAGCCGACCUCUGCCGGCUGCAUUUUCCCGGAGCCACGUACAGCGUUGGCGAAGGGCGCGCGAGGACCAGUCUGCUUUCUCAUCCCCACUCGGCCUGUUUCCCAGAACCACCUUCGUCCGGGGGGCUUUUCCGUGGGGGGGAGUCCUGUCCUGUGGGCCCCCCCUCCACUGUGAGGCUGGUUUCGCUCCGUCCCCCUUCCCGGCCCUCGCCCCUCCCCCCACCCUCUGGUGCGGUCUGGCUGGAUUGGCUGCCUUGGGGACAUGAGGACAGCAGCCUUCGGGGGACUGCGUGGUUGCCCCUUCCCGCCCCCUGCCCCCUCUCCCUCCCGGUCUCUCCGCCCUUUAUCAUAGUCACUGCGGAUCUUAGGUCUCACGGGCACUUCCCACGUGUAACAAGUGCUUUAUUAAAGGAAGAAGGCAGGGCAGGGGGACUUUUUACAGGAGAAAAAAAAAAUGACUUAUAAGAGAAAGAGCCUGGAGUAUUUUUGGAAAAAAAAAUAUUUUUAUGUUAAAACGAUUUUAAAAUCCUGAAAUGGCCAUCAGACAUAGCUUUGUGUGGUUUCAUAUUUUAAAAAUAUUCUAGGGAGACAGGCAGGGGGCGAGGGGGCGAGUCCCAUGGCCCGGGGCUGCGUGGCCGGUGGGGGAUGGACGCUGGGUGGGAGGCAGCGGGACAGUGUCUGGACGGGGCGACAAGUCCCCGCUCCGGGCUGGAGGGCCGUGUGGCGUCUCGGCCCAGUCCACCUUCCUGCUUCUGGGGGGCGGUUAAGAAGGUCGCGCUCUGGCCCAGAGGGGCACGCCCCAAACCAAAUGAUGUCCAGACCGGCAGCUGGGCUCUGUGCCCUGUGCUGGUGGCACCUCGCUCCACAGGUGACUGGCGGCUCCAGGGUCUCACCUGGCCCGGCAGUGACAGAAUCACGGGGAAGGAGGGGCCUUCAGUCCCCGAAGGCAGAGGGAAGAGAAGACGUGGCCGCUCACUUCCACGGGCUCCGUCUGCCCUUUCUCUGCAGAGACGACGAGAUUUCCUUUCUUCUAACAAUGAAUCUUUUUACUGUUUUUAAACAAAUGUGGCUUUGUUCCUACGGGAGGUCCCUUUCCUUGGAUCAGGUGGCGCUGGUCCCGUCAUGAGCCCCGCACUGAGGCGUUGGGGCAAGGACCGUCGGUUUGCUGCGGGUGCAGCGCGGAGCGGGGAAGGUGGCCUGGCGGGGCGCCGUGGAGGGUGCCGGGACCAGCCGUCGCAUCCCCGUCCACGCCCGGCCUCACUGCGCUCCCCGCGCAGACGCGCGUUUCAGGAUCCCUCGCCAGAGGAGAGCUAGGGGGGUGCGUGGGCUGUGUCCCACCCGGCUUGCGGGGAAGGUCAAGUUCCGUGCACCCCACCCCGCCCCGGGCAACCGUGACCAUUCGGUGCCCCGAUAAAGCCUGGGUUCGGACGCAGACCUCGCAGGAGCAGAUGAGCGGCACCCGGACCCCUCCGCGAACAGAGACGUGCUUCUCUGCACCAUGCAUCCGCUGUCAAGGGUCCUCCGUGGCGCACACUCGGUGAGGGCAGCCGGGACCGGACAGUCCUCACCUGAAGGCCGGGGGCCGGGGCUUCGCAGACGUGGGAGCCCAGCUGUUCGCCCCCGUCCCCAGCUUUCCCACGCCCGGGACACCGGGGCACCGCCUGGCUUGGCUGCAGCGGGACCAGGGGUGAGAACGCACUCGCGCUCCUCGGGCCCGGCCGGCCCGCCAGGAACACUUGUCUCCGGAACGCCAGCUCGCCUUUGUCAUCAUCAGCUGUCCGCUGGCACUGUGACAGCUCUCGCCUCCGGCUCCUCGGCGGUGCGCCUGACGCUUAUGCGCCCGACCAGAAGCUGGAGGCCGAGAGCAGACCCCGCGGGCCAGGCCGCGCCUCCCAGCGCCUGCGUUCGGCUGGAAGGCGCUCGGCUGGAAGGCGCUCGGAGCGCGCGCGCCCCCAGGGAUUCGACCUCCCUUCUGUCCCUGGUCCCAGAGCCGCGUGAAGUGCACUUUGUCCAACGCAAGGGUCUGCUUUGUUCUGGUUCCGUUCCUCGUUUGAAACCGGUUCCACCCUUUUUUUUUUUUUUUAAGUCGUGUUUCUUUGUCCAGUGCAGAAAUGGCCCUCCCACCACUCCCGAGGCGUUGGAUUCUGGCUCCUGCGGUUUUUAUUGUCUGUGUCAGACGCGCCGGCCAGGUGUCCUUGCCCGUCCCCACCUCCAACGCGGCCACGGCCACGGCCACCUAGGGCUCCUUUCCGUUCCCCUGACGCCUCGCACGCGCGCGGGCAAAAAGAUUCACCUUGUGUGUCGUAGCUCAUUUGUUUCCAGAGAUCAUAUUCAGUGUCUUGAAUAAAUUGCUCUAUUUUGAUAUUAGA